ACAAAGCAAUCAUUGCAAUGCUUUCAAGUAUUAUUGUCAAAUACAACUGUCUAUUUUUUAUUGUUUACUGAUUCAAAUUUGUGGUUUACGAAAUUUCCCUAACAAUGACCCAAACCAAAACAGAACCCACUGCCAAUGAUUCUAGUCCUAACCGGCGGGACCAGGAUAGCGUCACCGAGGAAGAGGUAUCCAUCGGAAGCAUCGCCGCCAUCCCGGAACGGCAAUACAGCAGCACCGAUUCCAUGUCCUGCCGGAUCUGCCAGAGUGCCACGGACAAGUCACGUUUAAUCUCGCCCUGCCUGUGCAAAGGAACGCUCCGGUACGUGCACCGGGAGUGCCUCGAGCACUGGCUCAGCCGGUCCGGACUGACCCACUGUGAGCUGUGUUUGCACAGGUUCCAAACGUACACCACGCUCAGGUACGGCUGCUGUGAGUCCCUGUGGCUAUGGUAUCGUCACCCGAGCAAUCGAGGGUUACUUCUGUCCGACGCACUGAUUUAUGUCGUCCUGUCAUUCAUCUGCUUCAUGCUGACGAUGAUCUGCGUUCUGGUGCUUCGCUUCCAGUACGACCGGGGCAGCAGCCUGCAGGAGACCCUUGCCUCGACGGCCAUCGUGUGCUUUCUGCUGCUAGUGCUAAUUGUGUACCUGACCAACAUCGUCGUGCUGGCCAAGGACCACCUCGUUCCGUGGUACCGAUGGUGGCGUUCGUCCCGGAGGAUUCGACUGUCGGAGAUUACCCUGGAGGAACCCGGCAGCCAUAGCCAUUUGGGAACUGUGGUUUAAGCAUGAUGUUGUAGCAGUGAGUUUGAGGGUUGGAUAUUUUGCGGGGGAUUCUUUAUUAAACUGAAAAUUGUAAGUAAAAAACAAAUACUCCAAAAUGCUAAAAUGUACUUUUCAAAGUUGCGUAAUUCUUCGCUUGUGAUGUUAUGUUGCUAGUAGCAGAUAUUUGGCCCACAUUUGGGCAGAUAGAUCAGCAUGGCAAUGCCAAAUUAGUGGCCUUUAGAUGGAUCGAACGAGUUUCAAAGUGGUCGGAGGGGAAAACUUUGCCAUCAUCGUACACUUCCAAACUGGCAGCUGAAAUCGAAAGGGUAGAACUAAUCUUUUGAGAGCUUUUCGGUUCAAAGUUUUCGCGCCCGAAAAUAGUCGUAACUACUCUGAUUGAUCGCUGUUGAUGAUGGUAGUGUUAAUUCGGCAUUGGAACCAGGACCGCGAGUUGGACGUGAUUUGGAGAAUUGGGGUACCUUCAAAUUCAUUUUUUUGUUGUUGUUACCUAAAAUGUAUUAAAAAAUAUGUUUUUUUUUUGGUUUAAUAAUGUUAUGUCUGGAUAAAAAGUAGGUUAAAACUUAAAUAAAUAAUAAUAAAAAUGUUGACAACAAGUACCAUGAACAAA